GGCUGAGGCAGGCGUGGGGACGGGGCUGUCGGCCGCUGAGCCGGGCCGGGCCAGGCCGGGGGAAGAUGCUGCCGGCCACACUGCCCCUUCUGGGGAUGCCCCUGCCCGGAGCAGGGGCGGGAGUGGCGGACGGGGCCUCCGGAGAAUCCGUCCUGCCCCCGGCGGGCUUGGCGCUGUUGCGCUGGCAGUGGCACGAGGUGGAGGCGCCCUACCUGGUGGCCGUGUGGAUCCUGGUGGCCAGCUUGGCCAAGAUCGUCUUCCACCUCUCCCGGAAGGUGACGUCCGUCGUCCCCGAGAGCUGCCUGCUGAUCUUGCUGGGCCUGGUCCUGGGGGGCAUUGUCCUGGCUGUGGCCAAGAAGGCGGAGUACCAGCUGGAGCCGGGGACCUUCUUCCUCUUCCUCCUCCCCCCUAUCGUACUUGACUCGGGCUACUUCAUGCCCAGCCGGCUCUUCUUUGACAACCUGGGAGCCAUCCUCACCUAUGCUGUGGUGGGCACACUGUGGAACUCCUUCACUACAGGGGCUGCCCUUUGGGGCGUCCAGCAGGCCGGCCUCAUGGCUCCCACCGUCCAAGCCGGCUUGCUUGACUUCCUGCUCUUUGGAAGCCUGAUCUCUGCUGUGGAUCCCGUAGCCGUCUUGGCUGUGUUUGAGGAGGUGCAUGUCAACGAGACCCUGUUCAUCAUAGUGUUUGGCGAGUCGCUGCUCAACGACGCCGUCACCGUGGUGCUGUACAAAGUGUAUAACUCUUUCGUGGAGAUGGGUUCCGUCAAUGUUCAGGCCAUUGACUACGUCAAAGGCGUCGCCUCCCUCUUUGUGGUCAGUCUGGGCGGGGCAGCCGUGGGCUUAGUUUUUGCCUUCCUCCUGGCCCUGACCACACGGUUCACCAAGCGGGUCCGUAUCAUCGAGCCUCUGCUGGUCUUCCUCUUGGCGUACGCGGCUUACCUCACCGCGGAGAUGGCCUCGCUCUCCGCCAUCCUUGCAGUGACCAUGUGCGGGGUGGGCUGUAAGAAGUACGUGGAGGCCAACAUCUCACACAAGUCCCGCACGGCUGUCAAGUACACCAUGAAGACUCUGGCCAGCUGCGCCGAGACCGUCAUCUUCAUGCUGCUGGGCAUCUCGGCUGUGGACUCCUCCAAGUGGGCCUGGGACACCGGGCUGGUGCUUGGGACCCUGUUCUUCAUCCUGCUCUUCCGGGCCCUCGGCGUAGUCCUGCAGACAUGGGUGCUGAACCAGUUCCGGCUGGUCCCUUUGGACAAGAUUGACCAGGUGGUGAUGUCCUAUGGGGGCCUGCGAGGGGCUGUGGCCUUUGCUCUCGUCAUCCUUCUGGAUAAGACCAAGGUCCCUGCCAAGGACUACUUUGUGGCUACGACCAUUGUGGUGGUCUUCUUCACAGUCAUCGUGCAGGGUCUAACCAUAAAGCCUCUCGUCAAGUGGCUGAAAGUGAAGCGAAGUGAUCACCACAAGCCCACCUUAAACCAGGAACUACACGAACAUACCUUUGACCAUAUUUUGGCAGCUGUGGAAGAUGUAGUUGGCCACCAUGGCUACCACUACUGGAGGGACAGGUGGGAACAAUUUGACAAGAAAUACCUGAGUCAACUAUUGAUGCGUCGAUCUGCCUACCGUAUCCGGGACCAGAUCUGGGAUGUGUACUAUAAACUCAACAUCCGAGAUGCCAUCAGUUUUGUGGAUCAGGGAGGCCACAUCUUAUCCUCAGCAGGGCUCACUCUACCCUCGAUGCCCAGCCGCAACUCUACAGCAGAGACCUCUGUCACCAACCUACUGCGGGAGAGUGGCAGUGGUGCCUGCCUGGAUCUACAGGUGAUCGACACAGUUCGAAGUGGCAGGGACCGAGAAGAUGCCAUCAUGCACCAUCUGCUCAGUGGAGGCCUCUACAAACCCCGUAGGAGGUACAAGGCCAGCUGUAGCCGUCAUUUUAUCUCAGAGGAUGCCCAGGCCCGUCAGGACAAGGAAGUAUUUCAGCAGAACAUGAAACGGAGAUUGGAGUCUUUCAAGUCCACCAAACACAACGUGUGUCUCUCUAAGAGCAAGCUGCGGCUCCGGAAGGCCGGCCGGAAGAAGGAUGGUUCAGCAGACAAAGAGACUCCGAAUGGGAAACCUCAUCGAGCUGCAAAUUUACCGGACACAGCUGCAGUGAUCUUAGCCGUGGAGUCCGAGGAGGAGAGCGACAGCUCGGACACAGAAAAGGAGGACGACGAGGGCAUUGUCUUUGUGGCCCGGGCCACCAAUGAGGUUUUCCAAGAACACAAGGUGCCAGGGAGCGUGGAGGUGUGCCCGAGCCCGCGGAUCAUCCCGCCCUCACCGACCUGCGCCGAGAAGGAGCUGCCCUGGAAGAGCGGGCAGGGGGACCUGGCGGUCUACGUGUCCUCGGAGACCACCAAGAUCGUGCCUGUGGACAUGCAGACGGGCUGGAAUCAGAGCAUCUCGUCCCUGGAGAGCCUGGCCUCCCCGCCCUGUGCCCAGGCCGCCCUGAGAGCUGCCCGCCCUCUGGCCUGCGCCCCGCCCCGGGCAAGCGAGCUCCGGGACCCGCUGGCCGCUCUGGUUACUCCGUCUCCCGAGCCCCACGCCGGCUUCACCUUCAACCCCAGUCUCGCCAAGGCCGGCCGCUCCCGCAGCGAGAGCAGCGCCGACGCCCCCGAGCAGCCGGAACUGCAGCCGCUGAUGGCCCCCGAGGGCCACGGGUGCCCCAGUCCGGGCACUGCCAACGCCCGGUGGCUUAUCCAGUUCAACCGAUCCGGUCGGCUGUAGCCUUGAGACCCAGGGGUGAGAGGGAGGGGGAAGGGAGGGAAAGGAGAGAAGAAAGGGCGGUGUGGCGGCUGCUACUCAGGGUCCAGAGACCGCUCGGGCCAGGGUCAAGGUCACUGCCCAGCUUGCCCCCAGAGACGGGGAGCAGAGCGCAGGGAACCCUCCUCCCCCACCCUGACCUUCUCCAUCACGGAGGCUAAGCGACUCUGCGGAUGAAGACUACAAAAAGGAACGGGAAGCAGAGCAUCCCGAGGCCUGGCGGAUGGGAGCUUUCCCUCGUGUUCCCCUGGGUGAUCCCUACCCGAGGGCUUCCGGUGGCUGCUCCCCACCAGCCGCCCUUUGCUUCUGUCCCUUCCUCCGGGGUCACCAGUAUCCCCAAACCCGCUACCGAGGAGACCCGUGAAGAAUCCUUCAACUCCCCGCCAGCUUGGGAGGGGUCAGAGGUGGGGCUGGGGACCCUCGCGCCCCUGCAGGUUGGGGUGUCUCAGCAUCUGGGAACCGGAGGCCUCCUGCACCCGCCUUCAUCCCCCUCAACUGCUUUGGACCGUGUGAGUGAGUGUGUGCUUGUACAUGUGUGCACACGGCACAUACAUGUGCGUAUGAUGUGUUACUGUGUGUGUACAUUUCUAUGUGUGUAUGUGGGGGGCCGAGGUGGAAGGGUGAAAGAGCUGCCCCCACCCCCUCCACAGCACAGACUGGCCCUGGUACCUAGAAUAAGGGUCCCACCGUCUCUGAGAAGCCUGAUGGGGACAUUCCUCAGGUGGGCAAAUGAGGAAACCCGAGGGGCCAGGGGUGGGGAGCUUGGUGCCGCCCUCACAGACACCUUGGUUCCCGAGACAAAUAGCUGCUUCCUUCCCCUGCCUUCUUCCAGCCUGCUCCCCCCCCCCACCUUGUUUUUUUCUCUUUUCUACUUCUCUGCAUUUGAUUGCUGAUGUACUCCCAGACCCUCUUGUACCCCAAGGCCUCCAGGCUGGGCCUAGGCCUUCGGCUGGGGCUGCCCCAGACACAGGAUCACUCCUGCGAGGGAGAACAGGCUUUCUCUGUCCAAAGGGCCAUUUGUCAUCCCAGAUCGGGGCUCUCUAUGGGGGCAUCUUCUCGAGGAGGUUCCGCCCAUGAGGAAGGGAGCCCCCCCAGAUUAUUGUUUGGAUCUGCUGCUGGGGGACGGUCUGGUUGUAUAACAAUUAAGUUGGGGCUGUCAGGCUGGACAGUCAGUGAUCCUUCUUUUGGGCUAGUCUCUGCAUUUUCUUCUGUCCCCUAUUCAGUCUUUUGUAUCUCAAACCUGAGAAACAUUAAAUCUCUCUCAGAUGGA